AACAAGAGAAGGGCAGAUGUAAAAGCAGCCGGAAAUCCUGGCCGAAGUCACGGCGGCUGACAGACUUCCGAAAACAGUCGCGCGACCGAAGAAACGAACGGAAACAACACGGAGUUAAAAUAUAAGAUUCGUGAAUGGUGUAAUUUCCACGACAGUUUCUUUAUGGAUGAUGUUUUACACCUGGUUGAUGGUGAAAGAGGCCAGACGGGCACUAAGCGAUGGGCACAAGCGUCUGCAACACUGAACAAUACAGACAAUGAAGCAAAUCACCGAGCAGCUGUUGAAGAAGUCUCUGCGGAAGCGGGCCCUCUAGACGUGAAUUACCAGUCCAAAGAUGGGAGCUUAUUAUGGAGUCCAUCUUCUAUCCAAACUGCAGGGACGUUACCGAUUGACUGUGCCAUCAAAAAGACUCCUGGGCCAACCAAGUUUUCAUGUUCUCGUGCUGAGGACAUAAAAUCAACAUUUGAUUUAUUUUUUUCAGAGUCUAUGAGGAAGAUUUUGAUCACCUUGACCAAUCUAGAGGCACAACGUGUGUUGGGUAAAGGCUGGAGAAAGCUGGACUGGAUAGACAUACAGGGAUAUAUUGGCCUUAUGAUUCUGGCAGGCGUGUAUCGAUCCCACCAUGAGCCUUUAGCAAGUUUAUGGCAAGGCGAGACAGGAAGGCCAAUUUUUUGUGCUACCAUGCGAAAGGGCAGGUUUAUGACUUUAUCAAGGAUCAUCUGCUUUAGCAACAUGGACAAAAGACGGAAAAAGCGUGACAAGAUGGCGGAAAUUAGAGAUUUCUGGGAGAAGUGGGUUAAAUGCCUUCGACUCGUGUUUAAUCCAGGUCCAGAUGUUACUGUGGGUGAUUGUCUGGUCCGUUUUAGAGGUCGCUGUCCCUUCAGAAAUUACAUGCCCAAAAAACUGGGCAGAUAUGGAAUUAAACUCUGGGCAGCAUGUGAUGCCAGGACAAGCUAUGUGUGGAACAUGCAGGUCUACACUGGUAGUACUGAUGAUGGACAGCCAGUAAAGAAUCAGGCGAAGCGUGUGGUCCUAGACAUGACGUCUGGUCUCCAGGGACACACAAUCACAUGUAACUGUUUUUUCACCUCGUAUGCUCUUGGUCAGGAGCUGCUCAAAAAGAACCUGACCAUGAUUGGACCAGUUCUUGGCAAAUACUCCUGCAAAAAAACAUCAUCACGCUGGUCCAUGGUACUUUUUUACCACAUGUUGGAUGUCUCUGCCUACAAUGCAUUUGUUUUGUGGACAGAAAUAAAUCCUUCAUGGAGCAGAGGGAUGGGCAACAGGAGGCGGCAUUUUCUGGAAGAGCUAGGGAAUGCUCUGGUGUUCCCAUUAAUGGAAAGACGACAGUAUAUUCCCCGCACACCAGCCUCCCUCUAUUUGCUGAAGGAAGCACAACAUUUGAAAGGAGAUGACGCCGCCACCGCACCUAACCAUAGCAAAAGGAAAAGGUGUCGAGCAUGUGGCAAAAAAAACAGAAAAACUAGCAUGAUGUGCCAAAAAUGCAAAAUGCCCAUUUGCAAGGAACACGCGGUCAUAACGGUCUACUGUCUAGUGUGUGCAAAUGCAUGAAGAGAAUUUUGUUUACAUUUCCCCAUUAUUUUACUGUUAUGGUUACCAUUUGUUUAUUAAUGGUAAUUAGUAAGGCUCACUUCACUGAAUUAAAUUUUGUGAAGUUUGUGGCUAGAAAAUGUUUACGCAAGUAUUUUAUUUGUACACAGAUUGAAUUAUCACUACGUAUACCUGUUGCUUGCUCAUUAUUGCUGUAUUGUCUCUUGACCUUUUUACAGGUUUAUUUAAUUAAGUUAUUGAAUUUAUGUAUUUUUGUAUAGAAUUUGUUUCAAAUGCUCAGUAAUACCAGGGUCAUGUUUUUUGCAAUCAUUGCAAAAAUGUACAUUUCAAACUUAAAUGCAAAGUUAAAAAAUAUGUUCGUAUACAAUAGUAUAUUGAAUAAAGAUAUAUAUUUUUACAGUC